UUGUUGAGCCUGCUACUACUGCCUGGACCUAUUUUUGUAUUAUAUAAGCGUCUAUAUACAUCUGUUUUCUAUAAAACAUUUAUAAACAUAAAAGAGAACUGUAAAUUGGAUUUUAAAUGUCGAUUUUAUCUGGGCAUCCCAUCACAACUUUGCUAGCUGUUUACGUUAGCCGCUGCGAUGAAUUAAACGGGUCGAUUAGCUGUUAGCAAGCUAACAAACCUGAGAAGAGGGAAGUUUUGAUUUUUGUUGUUGUUGUUGUUGUUGUUGUUUUUUUAUUUUAUUUUUUUAUUUUCCCACGGGUUUUGAAAUGUGAUUAGUUUGCUUUCGAGAGCUGUUCGUAAAACUACUGCAGAAUGCCUGCAGCAUCUCCAAAGGUUCACCUGCAAACCCAGAGUUCGGGCGAGUGGAGCUAGUUUUGGUGAGAUUCUGAGAGGACCACCAACUCGCUCUGUCAACCAAAGAUGCAGUCAUCCUCAAGUCAACAUUAUGAAUGUUGCUCAUCUACUGAAUCUGAGUUCAUUUCCAGUGACCUGCAGCUGGUUAUUUGUCUCUAACAAAUUAGACAAUUUGGCUUUUCCCCGGGGUAUUUUUUUUUCUUCUGUUUUUUUUUUUUUUGCAGCUGUUUAGAGCUCUAUGAAGAGACAUCAUAAAUUACAGGAUGGCACAUAUUUCUUUUCAGCCUCAUCUGAGCAUAAUGACAAGUAAACUGGAGGACUCGGCUGGAAUGCUCUGGGCAUGAUCUGUCCGAGGAUCCAGUGCCGAAAAAUAAGAAGCCAGCUUCAAUUGGUCUGCAGUCCAGAAUCUUCUCUACAGAGCAUCAGGAAAUAAGGACUUAGAGAGGGUAGAAAAGGGGCUUAGGGGUUUGGGCAGGGGGCCGCUGGUGCAUGUGGGGGCAGUGCCCAUCCCUUGCUGCAGAGUGGAAGCCCACCUCACCCAUGCCGUCCCCUGCCCAGGCCAGGCUCGCCACCCUCUGCAAUGGUGACAUGAGUGACUGCAUUAGGGAGGAGCCCAACUUCAACCCAUCUUUUCAGCUGUCUUUCUGUAGAAAACAUACAAUAGACUUGACUGUGUACUUGUGAAUAGAGGACUGUGUUUAUACUGAUUGUCGUGGUCGCAAGGUGAUGAUGCUGAUGUGUGGGCGUGUGAGGCGGCUCUUCCGUCAGCUCACGCUGCAGACCAGCCUGCUGCUGCUCUUCCUUUUCUGCAUGGUCAGUGUCCUCAUCUCAGCCUAUUUUCUGUAUGGAGCCAAACGGGAGCUUGAACCAGCAGGAGUUGGUAGUGUUGUGGUUCUGGAAGAAGGUACGGCCGAUUGGGAAGAUCCCAGAGCAACUCCCUCCCCUCCAUCAGCAAGGGUGCUGCCCGCAAGAACUGUCAAACCAGCGGACAUGUCACGGACUGACCCUGUGGUGCUGGUCUUUGUGGAGAGUUUGUACUCCCAGUUGGGCCAGGACAUCGUGGCUAUCUUGGAAUCUGGACGAUUCCGCUAUCAGACAGAGAUUGCACCUGGGAAGGGGGAUAUGCCUACACUCACAGACAAGAACCGGGGCCGUUUCACACUGGUCAUCUAUGAGAACAUCCUCAAAUACGUUAACCUGGAUGCUUGGAACAGAGAGUUGCUGGACAAGUACUGCGUGGAGUAUGGCGUUGGCAUCAUCGGCUUUUUCAAGGCUAAUGAGAACAGUUUGCAGAGUGCCCAGCUGAAGGGUUUUCCUCUAUUCCUGCACUCUAAUCUGGGUUUAAGGGACUGUAGUGUCAACCCCAAGUCUCCACUGCUGCUCAUCACCAAGGCCCGUGAGGUGGAGCACGGUCCCUUACCUGGAGAUGACUGGACUGUCUUCCAGUCUAACCACACCACCUACGAGCCUGUGCUGUUAGCUCGUGGACGGAGUGCGGAGGCUGGUGGAGCACCAGGACCCCUUCAUGCAGCAGUGGUCCAGGAUUUGGGUCUUCACGAUGGGAUUCAGCGGGUACUCUUUGGCAACAACCUGAACUUUUGGCUGCACAAACUGGUGCUGGUGGACGCAGUGAGUUUCUUGACUGGCAAGCAUCUGUCACUGGCUCUGGAGCGCUACAUGCUGGUAGAUAUUGAUGACAUCUUUGUUGGGAAAGAGGGCACACGCAUGAAGGUGUCUGACGUCAAGGCCUUACUGGAGACGCAGUAUGAACUCCGAACCCACGUUCCCAAUUUUACCUUCAACCUGGGUUUCUCUGGAAAGUUUUUCCAUGCUGGCACAGAUGAAGAAGAUCUGGGAGAUGACCUGCUUCUGUCUUAUAGUAAGGAGUUCUGGUGGUUUCCCCACAUGUGGAGUCACAUGCAGCCGCACCUCUUCCACAACCAGUCAGUGCUGGCCGAACAGAUGCUGCUCAACCACAAAUUUGCAGAGGAGCACGGCAUUCCUACAAACAUGGGUUACGCGGUGGCUCCCCAUCACUCUGGUGUGUAUCCCAUCCAUAUUCAACUGUAUGAGGCCUGGAAGAAAGUGUGGGGCAUCAAGGUGACCAGUACAGAGGAGUACCCCCACCUCAAACCUGCCCGCUUCCGCAGGGGCUUUGCCCACAGUGGCAUCAGUGUGUUGCCCAGGCAAACGUGUGGUCUCUUUACUCACACCAUCUUCUAUAAUGAGUAUCCUGGAGGCUCUAAAGAGCUGGACAAACUCAUCAAUGGAGGAGAGCUUUUCCUUACUGUGCUCCUCAAUCCAAUCAGCAUCUUCAUGACCCACCUCUCCAACUAUGGGAAUGACCGUCUUGGCCUGUACACCUUCAAGAACCUGGUGAAGUUCAUCCAGAUGUGGACCAACCUGAAACUACAGACUCUCCCACCUGUACAGUUGGCCCAGAGAUAUUUCCAAAUUUUCCCAGAAGAGAGGGACCCCAUCUGGCAGGACCCCUGUGAGGACAAAAGACAUAAAGACAUUUGGUCUAAAGAGAAGACCUGCGAUCGUUUCCCCAAGCUGCUUGUCAUUGGACCUCAGAAGACUGGAACCACCGCACUCUAUCUGUUUCUGGGGAUGCAUCCCGAUAUGACCAGCAACUACCCCAGCAAGGAAACCUUCGAGGAAAUCCAGUUUUUCAAUGGCCGAAACUACCACAAAGGCAUUGACUGGUACAUGGAGUAUUUCCCUCUACCUUCCAACACUAGCUCAGAUUUCUACUUUGAGAAAAGUGCCAACUAUUUCGACUCGGAGGUCACGGCCCGGCGAGCAGCUGCUCUUCUGCCCAAAGCGAAAAUCAUCACCAUUCUCAUCAACCCAGCUGACAGAGCCUAUUCCUGGUACCAGCACCAGCGGGCCCAUGAUGAUCCUGUGGCACAGAAAUAUACAUUCCAUGAUGUCAUUGCUGCUGGCCGGGACACGCCCAUCAAACUGAGGGUACUGCAGAGUCGCUGUCUGGUGCCCGGUCUAUACGCCACACACCUACAGCGCUGGCUCACACACUAUCACCCCAGCCAGAUCCUGGUCCUGGAUGGACAGAUGCUGAGGACAGAACCAGCUUCAGUGAUGGACAAAAUCCAGAAGUUUCUAGGCUUGACUAACACACUCAACUACCACAAGAUCCUUGCGUUUGAUCCGAAGAAGGGCUUCUGGUGCCAGCUGCUAGACGGAGGCAAGACCAAAUGCCUGGGGAAGAGUAAGGGGAGGAGAUAUCCUGACAUGGACGUUGAUUCCCGGACCUUCCUGAGAGAGUACUACCAUGAGCACAACAUUGAGCUCUCCAAGCUGCUGUACAAAAUGGGCCAGCCGCUGCCUAGCUGGCUCCGAGAAGAGCUGCUCCACAGCAGGUAGCCUGAGGAGGGGGGUGGAGACACACUGGUCAGACUCAGACACCCCUCCUUCUGCUUUUGAGGGGACUCACCCUCUUGUCCACCCCUGUCCGCUGUCGGCCAUGGCAGUUGGUCAAGUGUCCUCCAGCAGCCUUGCGGACCUACAGUUCGGGGGACUGAGCUUAUAGAGGACAAGAUGGAGAGGUAGAAAAAAGGCAAGGAAGAUGCACUAAGGUGCACUCAAGGAUCUGUUCUGUUUUGGAGAAUAGUGAAGGGCCUAAGACAGAGCUCAAACAUGGGAUCACAAUAGGAGGCUUCAAAAAGACAUUCUACUGCUCUGGAGCGUUGAAGUGCCAGGGAUCUCGGUCAUAAUGUCAGAACAAAUGUACACCUGCACGCAAUAUGGGAGAGGAGUGCACUCUGCGGACAACAUAAAAGUCAAUAACAGAUAAACAAGUGCCAGGGUGGAACCUUAAAGUCAGACAUUGUUUCCUUUGUUAAAUCUUCUUUUAUCAUUUCAUGUGUUGUAUUGCACAACACAGGGCGUUCGCCUUGUAGUGUCAUGCUUCUGUUUUAAACUGUUUUGAUUUCAUAGCAUACUGAACCCAUUCAUUACAGCUGCACCCUCCGGGCUUCAAAUGUGACAUUUAAAGGUGAAAUUUCAUUACGAUGUAUUUAUGGCUAUUAGUUGCAAAUCCACAGGAAAACUUAAUAAUGCGUGAAAAAUUGUGGUACUAAAACACAGAUAAGCUACAUCCAUAAUCAAUGUGACUGUAAAUAUGAAACUGUAAAAUAGCUGGGUGUUUUGAUGGCCCAUUAUGUGUGCUGUAACUGCCUUAAUGCAACGUUAUCAAGCCAAUUACGAUUACAUUCACAAAAUAUAUGAGCUAAUAUGCUUUGACAUGCCUUGAGGGGCUGAUCUUUUAAUCUUAAUUUUAAUGAUGAAUGUCAAAAUCUGGACCCAUGAGUUAUUUUGGCGUUAUCACUGAUCUUACUGGAGCGUUGAAUUUUGUCAGUAAUGGUGUUGCCGUUUUAAUAAUGAUUCAUAAAUCUCCCAACAAUAUCAAUCUUUUAUCAUUUUUUUUAUCAUUUUUUAUUAUUAUUAUUAUUAAUGUUUUACCCCCCUUUAAUUUUUAUGUGAUUGCUCAGCAUAUCACAAAAUCUAAUCACUUUACAUUCAUGGUUGUCACCAGAAUGUGUCCAGGAAUGUAUUGCGUCUGCCAAGACACCAUUUUUAAGGCCAUUUUUUAUGGCUUGUGUUCUGUAGGAACUGUUGACUGCUACUGAACUGUAUAAAUUACACCCAUGAAUGUAAGCAAGGAUGCUAUAUAAUAUACAUAAUACCUUUCAGUGGCAGGCAGGGCAGUCCGUGGAAAGCUACGCAAAGCCCCAUAACCCAGUGCUGGGGUAAUAUUAAACCACUGCGAUAAUGGAUUUUAUUUCUCAAAGACGUGCUGCUGAAAUGAGAAGUCAUGAAACGAACCCAAAUCUAAUUUUAUGUAGAACAUAAAAUUAAUCGCAUUUAAUUUUGUUCUCUCCUUUUUCCAUUUGUCUUUGAAAAGUUUUUGUGCACUUUUGUCUGUACCUCCAUGCACAAUUGCUUCACACAGCAUAUAUGUCUCUUCUAACUGCUGUGUAAUGUACCCUGUCACCCGAAGAAGGCAUUUAUCAUAUUUUUUGACUCUACGUUCAGACACUAACUGGCGUUCGUCAUUUGAUGGCUUCCCAUUUCUAUUCAGGGUCUUGUCUGUAAGUGCAGCUUGUGGUCAAACCAUCUUCCAAAGCAUUUCAUAAUGAAAAUACUUGUGGGUUCUGCAAAAAAAAAAAAAAACGGCAUAUAAAAGUAAAGAUUGAACUGCGUUUAAUCUUAAAUUACCCCAGAUAUUCCCUGCUUUAGGAGGGACACUUGUGUAAGGGGUUAUAUGUGCUUAACGCACAGUUUCACAAUAUUACAGAUGGAGAACUGACAGUAUCUCGAGUGUUUAUUUUUGAAAAUACAGAUCUUAUUUGUAAAAACUGUACAACCCAUUGUUUUCUUCAUUGACCUCAAAGUAUGGUGCUUGAGAAGCACAAUGUGUUUGUUGUUGACCAAGGAGUGGAAAAAUGUAUAAUGUGUAUCUCUCGUGUAAGGAUAUCACUCCACACAAAGAUUUUGCACCUAAACACAGGAAGACUUUUGGGUUCAUGGAGCAUUUUUUAUUACCAGUACCUUUUAGAGAUAGUUUUACUGAGUCUUGGUUUAAAUGUAAGUAUAGUUUACAACUGUCUACGGUACAAAACCAUGCACCUUACAUGCUGCUCUCGGGUUAGUCAUAAUCACACUUGUAAAACUCUUCCUCCUUUUCAUAAUUUAGAAUUCCUGCUCCCCAGCCAACAACUGACAUCUAAUAAUGCAAUAUUGUGUUUCCUGGUAAAAUGGGAAGUUUUGCACCAAGCACAAAUUAUGUUUCAAUGAAAUUUCUGUCACAGUGUACAGAACCCAUUUAUUAUGAGUGAAUGGAACAAAGAGUAUAUAAAAUAUGAAUGGAAUGUUGUUGUUUUGUUUUUUUAUUUUUUGACCACACUCACAAAGAGGUGCAGAGAGAUCCCCAUGACUUUCACACUGCCAAUAUUGUGCUUUCUGUAUCAUAAUGUAGGGUUUCAGUAAAUAGAAUAAAAUAACUAAGGAAAUAAUCAUCUGGACUGUACAAUCAAACCUACCGUUGUUAAUAUUUUUUAUUGUUGGUAGCCAAUAUUUUUGUGAUUAAUUUGCAAAUAAAGAAACCACUGUCUUUUUA